CCGAGACGGCCGACCUCCUUACCACUCACGUGGUUAAGCAGCAUGGCAUUCCCAUGGACAUUGUGUCUGACCGUGGCCCCCAGUUCACUUCCCGGUUGUGGCAGUCAUUUUGUAAGGGGAUUGGGGCUACGCCCGCCAACCUGCCUCUUGGAGCAAGUUCUUGCCCUGGGUCGAGUUCGCCUACAAUUCUAUGAAGAGCUCGGCCACAGGCACAUCAAGAAAUGCCGUCAGAUUUGGAAAACCGCCCGUGCUGCCCUGUUGAGGGCCUCCGAAAGAAUGUGCCGCAGUGCCAACCGGCGGCGCAUUCCGGCUCCAUCCUACACUCCUGGACAACAAGUCCUGUUACGGGCCAAAGACCUCCACCUACAGGUACCUUCCCGUAAACUUGCACCGCGGUUUGUAGGACCAUAUACGGUGGAGGCCAUCAUCAACCCAGCAUCUGUUCGUCUGUCUCUUCCCCCCUCAGUGAAGCGACAUCCGGUUGUCCAUGUAUCCCAAAUUAAGCCUGUUUGUAGUUCUCCACUUUCUUCCCCUGACCCUAUUCCGCCCCCUCCUAGAAUUCUGGAUAACGGUGACCCAGUUUGGACCGUCAAGGAGAUCCUUGGGGUCCGUCGGCAAGGUAGGGGUCUGGUAUUUUUGGUAGAUUGGGAGGGUUAUGGUCCAGAGGAUAGAUCCUGGGUGCCGGCCUCCUACCUUGCUGAUCCCUCCCUUCUGAAGAACUUCUAUCAAGCCAACCCUGGAGCUCUCCGGCGCUCGUCGGGAGCCUCGCAUAAGAGGGGGGGCACUGUUAUGAUGCACACGCCAUCUGCUUCUCCCUCCCCAGCAGUAGCACCUAGAGGCCCCGCUGUUCGCACAGCAAGACACGCCCCCGCACGUGCCGCGCAGACUGCAGCCAUGCGCCUCCACAGCUGCCGACAAUCACCUAUCAACGCAGCUGGUCUUGACGAGAGGCAGCGGCAUAAAAACUCACGCCACUGACUGCUCCAUGCCGGAACAACCUUUUGAUUCAUACCUCCGUGUCUCUGCAGUGAGCGGUGCGUCUCACCUGCUAAAUUCUUUCCCCAGGACUCUGACUGCCUCCCUGGACCCUCGACCCCCCGCGCUUGCACCUGGAUCUCUGGACGUCUCUCUCUUGCCCCCACGGACCUCGCUAGGAUUUUGGACCUCUCUCGCUUCACCCUUCUGGACCUGUUUGCUACUGCAAUCAACACACACUUACAACAACCCCAGGUAACUUAUAUUUGAGUAACUUCCACACAUAGCCUUGCAUCCACACACAUAGUUGCAUACACACCCCAUGUACUCAUCAAGCCAAAAUAAAACCUUUGAGCUAGA